AUGAAGCUUCUCGUUGUAGUCUGUCUGGCUCUCUACGCCUCGGCUCAUUACGUCUUCCCGUCUGUCACUUACAACGGAAAGACCACGCAAGACUGGGAAGUCGUUCGAAAGACGGCAAACUUCCAGUCCAACGGACCUGUCACCGAUGUCACCAGUUCACAGAUGACGUGCUACCAGCUAGCGCCUGGCAGCCAAGGAGCCAAGGUUCUGGAUGUUACGGCUGGGUCUACUCUUGGUUACAAUGUCAAAGCCUCCGUCUCUCACCCCGGCCCAGUCAACUUCUACAUGGCCAAAGCACCGGCUGGAACCAGCAUCACGAACUGGGACGGCUCUGGCAGGAAUUGGUUCAAGAUUUACAACGAUGGGCCGACGGUCGGUCCUGGUGGGUUGGCCUGGCCAACGAACGGCAAGACGACCAUCAACGUCCAGAUCCCCAAAUGUCUCGCGGAUGGCGAGUACUUUCUUCGCGUCGAGCACGUUGCCCUGCAUGGCGCCAGCAGUCCUGGUGGUGCCCAGCUGUACAUCUCCUGCGCUCAGCUUCGCGUCAGCGGGGGGUCGGGCAUGUACAAACCCAACCUCAUGUCGUUCCCUGGGGCAUACAGCGCGAACGAUCCUGGCUUGGUGGUAAAUAUUUACUACCCAGUUCCUACUAACUACAAAGCCCCAGGUGGUGCACCUCUGGCUUGCUGAGUAUUGUUGAGGAGUGUUGUGAGAUUCCGGGUGAUUCUGCCUGCUGGUUUGAAGCUGGCGAGGAAGACCAUUUGGGUCACUUGGACUGCCAAACAUCCUGCCGCCCCCUUCAUAGCAACAUGCACUAAGAAUUCGGGUUUUCACAUCUUCAACUGCGUGGUGACUAUCAAACUUGUAAGCCCGAGAACUAUUACCUAGCCUGGAGACCCCAUCCUUCCCCUUUCGGCCGAUAUCCGUCACAGCUACCAUGAUGUAACCCCCUAUGGAAGAAUCAUAUGCGCACACGUCCCAAGACCAGCAUGCUAGUGCUUUAUUUGAGAUGGCCGACGCGGGGAACUCACGGGUAGUUAAUUAAGGUAAGAAGGGGACCUGGCUUUGUCUUGCUCUGAUGGCCGUGAGGAACUAACUUUUCAAGAUCCGGCAAAUGCGCUUCCACAUUUGCGAAGGCAAGCCGAUGCAGCCGACGCGACUGGUCAAGAUAACUCUCAUCCGGCUUGAUGGCACCAAGAACAUCCAUGGAUCGCGAGAGAACCAACGAUGCUGCCAAGGUCGCCGUCAAGGGGGUGUAAAAUCUCCCUGCCAUUGAAGUCGGACAUGAGCCUUAACGUAGGAGAGUUAUGUAGUGAUGAAUUCUGGUUCCAAGGGUCUGACGAUUGGUGCCCAUACUGGUUCGGAGUGUAGCCAAUCGCCUCAGGGAUCCGGGAUCGGGGAUCCCUUCAUAGGCUUCUUACAAUAAACCGGGGAUCAUCAUCGAUAUAAACUCCUUCGACAGGAAAAGCACCAUCAAGGGUGGGAACUCCAGCUCGCUGCUGGACUGACGUGACCAGAUUCGAUAGAGGUAUCAUCCAUGAAUUUGCGGUUAAGAAGGCUUGAAUCUCCGGAGAGACCAAUUCAGGCGCGUUU